GGCUGCUUUGUUUCCUGUUCGGCUGAAGUUAGCCCGAGGGAGAGGCACGAGCUUUGCUCGAGUUCAAAACAGGCUAGCAAACAAGUAAACAAGGCUGUUACUAAAGUUAAUCACGGCCGGUUAGCCCCGGUUUGGAGCGCUUAAAAUGCUGUGUGUUUUCACAUGUGUGGGGUACGGAGGACAGUUUUGGACGAGCAGCUGAGCAGUUUGUCUUUCACGAGAGAAGAAAAAUAUGACACCGAAGGAGAGAGGAGGCUCUCUGUAACGGUACUGUGAAAGACACCUGCCAUGUCCGGUCCCACCUGGCUGCCACCGAGGACUCUGGACAGCCCAGAGCGAGCCACCCCCCAGAUGUCCCACUCUGCUGGUGGAGCAAUCUAUCGAGCCCCUAUGAAGAAGGGCACGCCCGAUUUCAGACCAAAAUAUGGUCCUUACGAUCAGAAUGGAGGAGGAGGAGGAGGAGGAGGGAUGGCCAACAGGUACAUGGCAACUGGGCCCACAGGUGGACCCAUGCAUCAUUCAUCUGGUGAUCACUAUUACCCGUCUCCACACGGUCCUAAAGAAGACCGCAGUUGGAGCCCUCACAUGGACAGCUACGAGAUGAUGCAUCGUGGCCCAGAGAAGCCAGCAAACUACCACUCCAAAAUCGAUGCUGAAAUUGACUCCCUCACCAGUAUGUUGGCUGAUCUGGACAGCCACCCGCAGGACUCCAGCACUCAACUCUAUGACAACGUGCCUUACAACAAAUACCUCUCAGCGGAUCACUACAAGCCUGCACACCAGAGCGCUGCCCCUCCUCAGGGUCGCCCAUCCAUGAGCUACAACCCUCAUCCCCAGAGCCAAUACCACCCAGCACCUCCCUACCCCAAUGAGCAUCAGACACCUCAGUACUCCACCUCCCACCAGCAGGACUACUACACCACUUCUACCCCUAAACCUUACCCUCAGCCCGUCCCAGCCUCCUACACCACAGCGUCCACUCCUACGGGGCCCAGGUUCAGCGUCCAGGUCAAGACAGCGCAGCCAGUCACCUACUCUCAGACAGGGAGGCAGGCUGAACAGGCAUACACUCCGCCUCCUCCUCGCCAGCACGUGUCACGACCCCCGCCCCAGACUCAAACUGCUCCCCAGGGCUGGUACCCUCCACAUCCCGGCUCACAGGUUCAGGAGAUGCACUCUGAGGGGGGGUAUAAGGGGAGCGGCUCAGGGUCUGGAGGAAGAGUUAACCAGCUUCCUGUUUCUAAGAGAGCGAUGGAAAAUAAUCAGAGUGGGUCGGGAGCCGCACAGGGUCCAGGUUAUCAGUCGAGCAAGCAGGGGGCAGCAACGCCCAGGCCUGAGGAAGAGCUGGAUCGGCUCACCAAGAAGCUGGUGUAUGAUAUGAACCACCCGCCUGCUGAGGACUAUUUUGGUCGCUGCGCCCGCUGCGGAGACAACGUGGUCGGCGAUGGCAGCGGCUGCAUCGCCAUGGAGCAGGUUUUCCACGUGGAGUGUUUCACGUGUAUCACCUGCCACGCACGUCUGCGAGGGCAACCCUUCUACGCUCUCGACAAGAAGAGUUACUGCGAGAGCUGUUACAUCAGCACACUAGAGCGCUGCUCAAAGUGCUCCAAACCCAUUCUGGACCGCAUCCUGCGAGCCAUGGGGAAAGCCUACCACCCUCGCUGCUUCACGUGUGUCAUUUGUAACUGCUGUUUGGACGGCGUGCCCUUCACAGUGGACGCCACGUCUCAGAUACACUGCAUAGAGGACUUUCACAGGAAGUACGCGCCGCGCUGCUCGGUGUGUGGGGAGCCCAUCAUGCCCGAGCCGGGGCAGGAGGAGACCGUCAGGAUUGUAGCCCUGGACCGCAGCUUCCAUGUUAAUUGUUACGUUUGUGAGGAAUGUGGUCUCCUGCUGUCGUCUGAAGGCGACGGUCGAGGCUGUUACCCGCUGGACGGCCACAUCCUGUGCAAGAGCUGCAGCGCACGCCGCAUCCAGGACCUCUCGGCCAAAAUCUCCACCGACUGCUAACAAAUCUCUACCUGAACCUCUUCGCUCCCGGCCUCACAGAUCCACGGACAGCCGGCACAUUAUUGAUAGCAGCUUGUUCACUCACAGUGUCGGUAGAAAAUCGUUACUUUUACUUCCUCCUCACUGGUGUUCGGCUUCUCCCGCUUCAUUUCCUUUACUCUUUGGUACAUCGUUUGUAAUGUUUAGCUCAGCGUUUGUACGACAGUGGCCUGACCUGCAGGCAGCUUGGGCUCCACUUUAUCAUUCAUCCACUCCGGUACUGCCCACAUAUUCCUUGCACAUGUCAUUUUAUUUUAUUGUUAACACUUUCAAAGACAAUGAAAGCACACACGGACGUUACAGAUUUCAAUCUGAAAAUAAGGAUUUUUUUCCAGAUAAGGGACACGCGUGAUAAUCAGGAUUAUGGUUUGUCUGAACCAGGCUAGAGAGUAGGCAGCGUUUUGCGUCGAAAUGCAUAUUAAAAGCACACAAAAUCAACUGUGAUUGUACAUAACAGGUGGGUUUGAUUGAAUCUGCUGCGGGUUGUUGUGGAACGCGUGUAGCCUGUAGUGCAGUGCGGUGACGUAGCCUGAUAGAGCAGGAAAUGUAGACGAUAAGAAUGUGUAGCAGUUUGACAGCCAACAGCUUAUUUUUCUGUAGAACGAGAUUUGUUAGGACAGAUUCUUUGUCACGCUUCUCAGCAUUACAGCAUCAUGUUACUAGUCGCUUACUCACAACUUGUAAUAAGACUCUUUUCUCUCUUUUUUUGCCAUUUUUGAAUGUCUACGGAACACAAUCUUUGUUCGAUGCUUGUUUGUUUGAUACUUGACAUGUUACAUUGAAAAUGACGGUGCAAUGAAGUCAAACUCACUUUGUCUAAUGGAAAACAGGGUGUGGCUCACUUACGAGGCAUCCUGGUGUGCAAAAGCUCAAAGCCUCUUGUAAAGAGUUUGUUUAAUGUGCCAUUUGGGGAAACGUUAAAAAGGAAAAAAGCAUUUAAAAGUGAUAAUCUGUUUAAAGGGGCAGAUGACUUAUGGAUUAUCGUUAGCAAAACUUGUGUUUCUCGUUUGGUGUGAAGGCACCGUUAGGGGGUAAUGAGUGCUGAAUUUAAAGGGGACCUGUUGUGCUGUAAUUUUGAACUCAAGUAGAGCAGCUUUGCAAUGAUUCAGUCUGAAAUAAUCAAAAAGUUGCUGUCUCUGUCUGAGCUGUUUUGCACCUCCCCUUCUUUUAAAACCAGCUCUCUUCUGAUUGGCUGCCCCUCACAAACAAAUGGUUAGACCAGCAGGUGGCUUAUGUGCUUAUGAUUAAGCCUACUCUAUGACAUCACCUACAGUUUAGCACAGUAAUUGGAAAUAAAGAAGUAAAGAAAAGCAUGAUAGGGUCCCCUUUCUUUUAAGGUGAUGACUUUGUUUAUCCCCCUUAAAUGGAUUUUUUUUGUUCGAUUACAAGUCUUCAUUUAUGGAGGCAAAGUAGUCAUACUCUGAGCCUUUGGAGCUGCAGUAUUUGUUAUAACUGUGUUUAACCUCUCGUCUCUCCGUCCGCAUUUUGUAUGUGUUUAACUUAAAGGGCUAGAAAUGUGAAAGCCUUACCUCAAGGAUGUCAUUCAGCUCCAUAACUGUCCUGGUUUGAAACUGUUUUUGUGUUUGUGUGUUUCUGUGAAUUCUGCUUUUGUUUCGGUGACACAACACGAUCACUUUAAAACGC